UCAUUGCAACUUUUGCGUCAAUGCUCGGUAUAUAAGCGCUGCCGUAGCACCCACAAAUCCUACUUCUGCACAUCGUGGGCGAACAGACUCCGGGCAGAAGACCGCAGCCAUGAAGGCCUUCAUUACCGUCGCGCUUCUCUCCGCCGCGUCGCUGGCGUAUGCUGGUCCUAGCCCCGCAACAACAAAGUUAGAUGUUGCCGGAGGUCCCGGAUCUCUAGGCGGCGGUGGCCUUAGCGGCAGCGGUCGCCUUAGCGGCAGCGGUCCCCUUAGCGGCAGCGGUGGCCUUAGUGGCAGCGGUGCCCUACCAGGACUCAGUGGCUUUGGCUCAUCUGCUGGCGGUCUUGGUGGAAAUUUCGGAAGCGGCGUCAGCGGAGUUGGCAAUAGUCCGGCAAGCCGCCCUGGUUUCGGUUUUGGAAGCAAUGCCGGCAGUAGCCCGGGUAGCGUUUCCACCGGUGCGUUCGGCACUGGCGGCAGCCUUUCGUUCGGCAGCAGCGGACCUUCAGGCGCUGGCUUUGGAGGGCCCUCUGGAGCUGGAUUUCCAGGCGCUGGGCAUGGGGCCCCAAGCGGCUUUGGCGUUGGCUUCUAUCCAAGUCAAAGGCCUGGUGCACCUGCAUUCGGAGCAGGUCCAAGUGGCGCCGGCACUUUCGGAGCCUCCCGCCCUGGUGUAUCCGGACCUUAUGGAGCUGGUGUCGGAGGAGCGUAUGGACCAGGAGGCUUUGGUGGUUUUCCAAGCGGAGGUGCUUUCGGGGGCUAUUAUGCACCUUACGAUUUCGGUGGCUACGGAGGAGAUUUAUAUGGCGGAGAAUACUACGGUUAUCCAUAUGGCUUCCCUUGGGCCGCUGGUGGUGGCUAUGGCUAUUACGGACCAUAUAUCUAUGGUUAUGGUGCCCCUUGGGGUUCCUUUGGCGGCUACCCUGUUGGCGCUGGCGGCGUCAGCAGUGGCCCUGGAUUGAGCAGCGGCUCCCAAGUAUCCCUUACACGCGGUGCUUCAGCAUCUUCUGGGAGUAGCUCCAGCCGUUCCUCAAGCUCCGGUAGGCAGUAAACUACAGUCACGGCCAUUACUGGAAGCAUGACAUGAAUGCGGUGCCUGGUCAUGUGAAAUUGGUUGAUUUAAGCAAGACUCUCCGAAGGAUGUUCAUUUUAAUGAACCAACACCCCACGACGAUGUCAAAUCUGAUUACAAGAAUAAAUAAAAACUCGGUGUAAAGCAGGA